CUUGUGGUAGCUGUUGCUUCGGUCCACUAUUCCUUCGAGUUUGAAAUCCAUGGUUUGUCGUCAAUAUGGCCGGCAUCAAGAGAACCCGCAUCAUAUUUGCGCUGGUCAUCACCGUCGUUCUGAUCUUACUGUUCAAAAAGGGCGACGCGAAUCCUCAAGCAUCCCAAUGGACACCCAACUCACCACCAGACGGCUCGUUCAUCAAUGUCGAUAUCCCUCCGGAUCAUAUCGAGGUGCCCAUCAUCGACAAUAACCUUCAAUUCCAGCCGCCGCCAAUCCAGGCGCAUGUCCUUCUCGACGCGCAUAAACUCCCGACAGCCGACGAUUUCAUCCCCCACUUCGCUGCCGUGACCAACAUCAAGAGCAUCUCCCAGCAAGAGGCUCGCGCAUCAUCGGACAUGUACGUCGAUUUUCAAUUCUCCGACUCUCUACCAUGGGAUCGGCCGGUGCUCGAAAUUGAGCUGCGCAGGCGUGAGUGGCAUGAUUUCGUCAAGAGCGGCAUGAUCCCAUACGCACGCGUCAAGGAUCGCUUCUCCGGGCGAGGACUGGUCAUAGUCGCGGGCAACGCCGACACGGUGAUGCGCGUCAAGCUGAAGAGGCUCCGGUCCACAAUUGCCAUUGAGAUUCACUAUUGGGACACCGAGAUGGACAUGGCCGUCAUGGCGGAUCUCAAUGCUCUCUAUGAGCCGAUAUACUACAAUGAUCUCUCCAAAGAGCACAAUGUUAAGGAUGGGAUCUUUGGGAUCAACUACCAGCUGAAGACUGCCGCACUGCUCAACUCGCGUUGGGCCGAGCCUCUGCUGCUCGACUCCGACAACAUUCCAAUGAUCGACCCAUCGAUUCUCUACGACUCGAUGCAGUACACAGAAUACCACUCCGUAUUCUGGCCCGAUAUUGCUCGCACACGGCCUCAGAAUCCCGCUUGGGCCAUCUUCAACACGCCAUGCAAAAUGGCCGAGCACGAGCAGGAGAGCGGGCAGCUUCUGCGUUUCUGGUAUCACCUCCAGCUCGCAUCGUGGCUCAAUAAUGAGCAGGGGAAAUACUACAAUGAGAUGCUGCUAGGCGACAAGGACAUGUUCCGUUUCGCGUGGCACGCUCUACGGACGACAUUUGGAAAGCCCAAGAAAUGGGUCACGAGCAAUGAUGGCUUCUACUGCGGACACUCGUUCGCGCAGCACCACCCCGACGAUGGCCGCAUCGCCUUCCUCCAUGGAGGGCUCGUCAAGACUGCUCCUCUCGAAGUCAUGAGAUGGAACCGGGAUAGGGCGCCGAGCGAAGAGAGUCCCGAGGUAAAUGUCAACGUCGCCAUCAAAUGGGAUGGCGCUACUUACAUGCCUCAACAUUCUGAGAAGUUCUGCACCGACAUGUUUGAUGUCCAGGCUAGAGACUUGAACGAGAUUCUGCCUGGGACGUUUCGCGAAAUCGGUGGAUACUGGCAGCUGGAUCAGCAAGAUGCGACGAAGCUGGGUCAGUUUGGUGCGAGGCGCCAGUGA